AUGGCCACCGACCCUAUACCGUACUCGGCUCGCCACAACCGUACUCGGCUCGCCACAACCGACCAAGGGGAGCGAAAAUUGCCUCAUAUCACAGCCCGGAGGAGUGUAAUCAAUCCUCGUCGGAUGACUCCACACAGCCCCCAAGUCCCCCACCAUCUACCAACCCAAUUCCCACACCAGCGCCUACUCGGGAAGCCUCACCAUGAGUUUUUCAAUACAGUUGCGGACGCCCCCACAGAACCUGAAGUAACGCAGCAACAAAGAAAACGAUUUCGCGGGCCCGCUAGAUGCAUCGAGUUUGAGAAGGUGAGAAAGUACGGGAAAAUACUUUUAAAGAUAAAUGAUGGUGAGACUGCCCCAUGUUGUGAGCAUGCUUCUAUGUUCACGACACGAGUAUCCUGGAUUGUUAAACAAUAUUGUGACAUGAGUUAUGCGCGCUGGACCGAUGUCCCAGAAGCCAUGAAAGAGGAGCUCAUUGAUCGUGUUCGGUCUGACUUCAUGCUCGACUGGGAACGGGAAAACCACCGAUUGACGGUGACAAAGGCACUUCGUAAGCGCUUCAACUCCUUCCAUCACGAUUUGCACAAGAUUUACCAAUCAUUUGAAAGCCAUGAAGAGGCGUUAGCUAGUGGGACAAGCUUGGUGGACCCUCUUGUAUGGGUCAAGUUGUGUGGAAGGUGGGGCAGUGAUGCAUUUAAGAAAAUUUCAUCUCAAAACCGGGAGAACAGGAAGAAGCAGGCAAUUAAUCACACAUCAGGACGUAAAUCAUUCGUCCGAAUCCUUGAGCAAAAGCGCGCUGAGAAUGGAAAUUUGGUUGACUUCUAUAAAGAGACGCGCUGGUCGAAGAAGAAGAACAAGUUUGUGACAGAUGCUACAGAAGAAACAUACAAGGAGAUGACAGGUAGGUUGGAUGGCCUAGAACCAGAGCAACGUAAUGAUGAGGCAGCAGCGACUGUCUUCAGGGAGGUCCUUGGCCAUCGACCUGGAUAUGCGCGAGGACUCGGGGAGAUGGUCAUUCCCGAGUCAAGUAGACAACGUGACCAACUUAAGAUGCAAUGCUAUCUGUCUGAGAUUGAAAGACACAAGAAAGACUCUGAACAACAUAAGAAAGAUGCUGAAGCGUAUAAGAGUCAGCUGGAUGAAAUGAGAUCAGAGAUGCGGGCUCUUAGGGCGCAUCAGAUGCAGACUGAUAGAUUGCUUCAGGAGUUCUUUAAGGAUCAUCCUUCAUUCACUGAGUCGUAUCGACAGACUCAGUGUAACGAUUCCCCCGACCCAUAAGGGGGGUGACAUGCUCCUUGGUUUUUUGUACUGGAUUGGGUGGUUUUUUGUUAG